CGAAAAUAGACUACUUUCUUCUUUUUUCUAUGUAAAGUCGAACCAAGAUGGUAGCGAUAAUCGCGUAAACGCCGAGAAAAACAUUCUUUCCUAGUAUGCUUCAAAAAGGCUAAAUUAUAUACGCCUCGCAUAUAUCUUCUAUUUUGAAUUUUAAGGAUCUCAGGGGACAAGAAACAUUCCUAAAAUCUCGGGAGGUCGUAUCGUGAGUCAAAAUGACCGAGGAAACGCAACAGCAGGUCGAGAGUACUGCGCGAAAUGACAACUGUUCCACACAGCAGAAUGAAACGCAGCUGAAUACGUCAGAUGUUGGAAAAGUCAAAGAUAACAAAAAAGAAAAAUGUCGUCCUAUGACAAAGGUGGUUAUCAGAAGAUUGCCUCCGACAAUGACUCAGGAUCAAUUCUUGGAGCAAGUGUCCCCGCUGCCAGAACACGAUCAUUUAUACUUUGUGAAGGCCGACAUGUCGCUCGGCCAGUUCGCGUUUUCUCGCGCUUACAUUAAUUUUAUAGAGCAACAAGAUAUUUUUGUGUUUCGAGAAAAGUUCGACAAUUAUGUGUUUAUAGAUUCCAAGGGGGUGGAAUAUCCUGCAGUAGUAGAGUUCGCGCCUUUUCAGAGAUUACCAAAGAAACGAGCCGGCAAGAAGAAGGAUCUCAAAUGCGGCACCAUCGAGAGCGAUUUGUAUUUUAUAAGUUUCUUAGAGAGUUUAAAGAAUCAGGAGGUUGAUCCGAGUGUAGCUCAAUCAAAAACUGAAUAUUCUUAUCAACCACCGGACAACACGGUAAAGAAGAUCACGACCACUCCGCUACUCGAGUAUCUGAAGCUUCGUAAACAGGAGAAGCAACGUCUUAGGGAUGAAAAACGUGAGGAAAGGCGGAGGAGAGAUAUGGAAAAGCGCAGAACAAGAGACGAUCCUGUUAUUUCUAAGCACAUAUGUAAUAUGGAAAACGAUCAGUCAUCCAAUUUUACCACAUCUCAUCGCACAAAUAUUAAAUUUGAAGAUACGUUUUUUCAAUGCUUUGUCAAAAACUCAAGCAUAUAUAAAUACAGAGAGGAUAUCUUCCUCGAUAGACUUAUACACAAACAAGUGCAAGAUAAAUUAUAUAAGAAUCAUCAAAGAUUUUAUGACCAUGUUAAAAAGACGAAAACAAAUAGAAGUAUGUUUGAUGUCAAGAAACUACAUUUAAAUGGCAAUAAUCAAAUUAACUGGCAAACCUACUUUUAUUUCCACAAAGACGACCAUGUUUUACGAAAUCCGGAUUUAGAUAAAGAGUCCAGUAAGGACGACAAAGAAAAUAAAGAGGAGAGAGACAAACUUUCACCAAAGGAAUUGAAGAAUAGGCACAAAAGAGAUGAAAAAAUAAGAGAGAAAUUAUCGCGAGAUAGGGAGAUUAAACCCAUCAUUAAAGGAUAUAGAGAGCGAAUUGACGAUAGAAACAAAGAGAUGAAGCAUAGACGAUACGAUGAGAAGAGGCCUUAUGGAAGACGUGACGAUCGGGAGAGUGUGAGAGAGGAGAGAAGGCUUGAUCUCAAGGAUGACAGGAGAUACGAGGCGAAGGAAGAGUUUAGGGAAUCCAGAGACAGGAAGGUGGAGGAAAGACGCGGAAAAAGUUAUGAGAAAAUGAGACAAGAGAAAAAGAAGUUGGCAGAAACGAAGAAACAGAUUGUUGAUAUCAAUGGGGACAAUGCGAACUCAAAAAAGAUAAAGGAAGAAUACGAAGUCGUACGAGAGAAGGAAGACGGAAAUAGCAAAGAGUCUGUACACAAGGAGGAUGAAUUCAAACAUGCUGAAGACAAUGAAUGUGCGCAACAUGAUACUACCGAGGAUCGAGUAACAGUGGACGCGAUGCGAAAUUGUAGGGAUGAAACUGCAGAAGAGGGAAAUGGUUCAUCCAAUCCAGAUGCGAACGACGAGGAUGAAUCUGAGGAGAAAGAAUCGAAAGUCAUGAAGAGGCGUAAUUCGCUUGAAAGUGGCGGCGAAGGUGGCGCGGGCGAUGGUAGCUGUCUGCGACGUCACAAAUCGUUGGACGGAGAUGGUGAAAGUAAUUUGCAGAAGAACGAGGAGAAAGAAAAGGAUAAAAAAGAUCCACGAUUGGAGCGCAGAAUACGAAAUAAAGAUCGUCCAGCAAUGGAGAUCUACAGACCCGGCAUGGGCAAGUUCAGUAAGCAGCGGUUAGAACGUGAAAAAUCAAACAACGAUGAACGAGCAUCUCUUUCGCAAAGUCCGACGCCGAAUCCUGGUACUUCUUCCUCUACAACUGGCAAAUCCGGAAAAUCCGGAGCGACGGAAGUACGCUCGAUGACGUUCAAACGCAGCGUCACUCGUGAUGCAGUGUAACUUCUUCGCGUGCUUUUGCCGCUCGCAACGCAUCGUUCUACCGCGAAUAUGAUAUUUUGAUUUCUCGAUCGAUCUUACAAUAGAUUUAAUCACCAUAUAAUACAUAAUUGUUCUCAUUGUACUGUAUAAAACAUGUCAUAUCAUGUACUAAAGUGAUGAUUAUAUACACGCAUUCAAGAUAUUUAAAUGUUUCACGCACAGUUUAAUUGUUCAUGUACGUUCCGCAUUUUUUUUUUUUUUUUCUUCUAGACAUUUUAUUAUGUGUAAUAUUAUUGACGAAUUAAUAA